UUUCUUUCCUCCCUUUCUAUUUCCCUAACUCAUUUUCUCACCUUUUUACUUCCUCCUGUCUUCCUUUCUUACCUGCUUGUACCACAUAUUAGCUGCUUUUUCUUGCUUCAUAAUUUUAUCAUCUCCUAUCCCCCAUCUUCCUUUCUUCUCUCCUUUAUUAUCUCCUUUUCUUGUUCCCUUUCCUUCCCAUCCUUUUCUCUCCCUUUUGUUUUUUCUUCACUCUCUACUUUCCCCAUUUCCCUCUUCAUCUAUUCACUACUUCCUUCACUCCACCCUUACUAUCUUCUCUGAAUCCCUGCCUCAUUUUCUCACUUCCUAACUUUUCCUGUCUUACAAUCCCAUUUCUGUUUCCCUUCUCUCCCUUUCUGGCUCCUUUUCUCCCUCCCUACUCCCUUCCUUUGCCCUCAACCUCUCCUUUCACCUUCUGUCUCUUUUUGUUCCCUCCUUUUCUAGCUACUUGUUUCCCUUCCUGACUCUUUCCCUCUUUUCUUAACUACGUGUUUUCUUGCCAUGUCUCCCUCCUACCUCGUCUUGACUUCCUCAUCUCCCCAUUCCUCUCGCUCAUUCCUUCCUUCCAUCCCUCCCUCCUGCUGUUGCCCUACUCUUCUUCAUCUACCAGCCUCCCUUAUCUCCUCCUCUCCUCUCUUUUCCUGUUUCCUCCUCUGUCUGACUUCUCCUCCCUCCCUCUCGCUCUCGUCUCUUCUCUCUCUUGUGUUUAUAUUGUCAGCUCCUGGACUCAGUGUGUGGUGCUCCUCCUCCUCCUCUCUUAAUCUAACUCAUUCUCAGCCCUCCCCAACCUCUCUCUCUCUCUCUCUCUCUUACACCCUGUCUCACUCACUCACUUGCUACUUUAACUCCUAGUCCUCUCAUUCAGCUCAGUGUUGCGAUGAAUUUUGAGUCUCUGAAGUCUGGAUAUCAAGGCUGAGAAAUCUGCAGGGAUCGAUUGCAGGGGGAUUUUAAUUGAGUGGGGACCACACGUGGGCGACCAUGUUGGGUCAGAGUGUGCGGUUGCAGCCGGUGCCCAUCCAGAGCCUGUCAGAGCUGGAGCGAGCCAGGUUACAGGAAGUCGCCCUGUACCACCUGGAGGAGCGGGACCUGGACUUUAAGAUCAGCAUCCCAAGAGAAAUACACAAACGGAGAAAAUCUCUGCGCAGGAAGUUUGACUCUUUUUCGAAGGAAAAGAAAGAGCGAGAAUCGGCUCCCAAGGCAUUCGGCAUCCCCCUCUCCCAGGUCAUCGCCAACGACCGGGCCUACAAGCGGCAGCAGGAUGCCCUGAAGGAGAGCAGGCGUGACUGUCUGGACCUGGAGGCCAGCAUCCUGCGCUUCCGGGCCGAGAAGCGGCAGUUCUUCAAUGGAAGCAAGCCGCUGGUCAGCUCCUCGUCGAUCACAGGGGGAGGUCCCGGAUCGCCCUCUGCCAACUCGGUGGCGCCAGCGCCGAUUUUUGAAAACCAGAACAAACCGCUGUCACCCACGUUUCUGGAUAACACCGGCCGAGGGCAGAGGAGGGGAGGUUUGUCGGUGGACUCCAUCUCCGACCUUGUGGAGAGUCAGUCUCGUCUGCUGGAGGCGCUGCAGCUCUCCCACCCGGCCGAGCUGGGGAUGAAGAAGUCCCCGGGCGGCAGCUCGUCGGAGGGGAGGACGCAGACCAAGCUCAGCCUCAACCCCAUCUACAGACAGGUGCCCCGAGUGCUGGAGAGAUGCUGCAGUCACAUCGAAACCCAUGGUCUUCAGACUGUGGGAAUUUUCCGAGUUGGAAGCUCUAAGAAGAGAGUGAGACAGCUGCGGGAGGACUUCGACAUGGGCGUGGACGUCCAGCUGGACGAGGAGCACAGCGUCCACGACGUAGCGGCGUUGCUUAAAGAGUUUCUGAGGGAUAUUCCUGAUCCUCUGCUGCCCAGAGAGCUCUACCCCGCCUUCCUGCACGCCAAUCUGUUGAGAGGAGCAGACCAGCUUCAGUACCUGCAGCACCUCCUCUACCUGCUCCCUCCCUGCAACUGUGACACCCUGCUGCGCCUCCUCACCUUGUUACACACCGUGCAGAGCUUCGCCCAGGACAGCAUAGGAACCAACGACGAGGAGAUCCCUGGAAACAAGAUGACGGCCGCUAACCUGGCGGUGAUCUUCGGGCCGAACCUGCUGCAGAAGGAGAGAGGAGGAGACGUGAGUCCUCACUCGAUGGGCAUCGAGGACAGCACGGCGAUCAUCAGCGUCACUCUGGUGCUCAUACAGAACUACAGGAGGCUCUUCACGGUAUCUGCUGAGGUCCAGCAGGAGGUCCUGAUGAGUCUGAUCCAGACUGACCCAGACAUCAUUGACUAUCUGCUGCGUAGGAAACUGAGCAGCAGCAACCUGACGGUGGAAAGCAACAGCGAGUCGGGGGGUCGUCGGGACACAGGGGCGUCUCUGGACUCCGUGGGGGCCUCCAGCGGCAGUCUGUCCCCGCUAGAGCCCCCCUCGCCUCUCUUCCCGCCCGAUGGCAGCGGCGGCGAGGGCAGCCUGACCAGCGAGGUCUUCCUCAACGUGCUCAAACUGAACCAGAACAGGAAGCGGCAGGAGACGAGAUAUGGUGACGUCCCUCCAGGUAAAUCCAUCUGCCACAUGCGUCAGUUCCACUCCCACCACAACCUGCUCAGCCUGUCCCAGUCCUCCUCCACCUCCACCUCCACCUCCAGGCUCCACAGUCAGGACUCCGACCCCCAGGACCGCAGGGGCCCGCUGGGUUCUCUGAGCUUCUCCCUGGGGGGUGGUGGCGGCGGCGGCGGCGGCAGCGGCGGGAGUUGCUCCAGUCUGAGCGGGUCGACUGAGAGCAGCAUCUGGGUGAGACAGACGCCGCAGGAGGAGAGCAAACCGUCGUCCGCUGCCAACUUCUGGGACUUCUUCACUGGGAAAGGGUCGGGCUCAGAGACGAUGGUAUGAUGAAGGGCGAGAAGAGGAGGAACACGAAGGGAAAGAGUGUGUUUGAACGUGCAUAAAUACCCCCCCCCAAAAAAAAAAAAAAAAAAAUUGGUCAACUUUCCUGUUACAUUUACAAAGCAAAAGUUAUAUAUAUAUAUAUAUAUAAAGUUAUAUAAUAAUGUCAGACAACUCUGUUUCUAAAAAUCAUAGAUCCAAAAUUUCCUACUUGACUUGCUGACUUUAAAAGGAGCAUCCUGUUGCAAAUUUUUCCUCCAUUGGAAUUUGGAAUUUCCUGCUUUUCUGGCACCUCUUGAACGCAGCAUGUGUAUGAAUGUGACGUUGGGACAGAGAAAGCAUGAAGAGAACCAAUAAAUGAAGAAGGAAACGUUUUUUUUUUAAAGACAGUUUGGAUUUUUUGAAGAUGAAAACAUGGAGAAGAAAAGUCUCUGAGUUUAUCUGGAAAUGGAUGCAGUAAUUAUUGCAGUGUAUAUAAUGUCUACAUGAUGUAUUCAUAUUUACAUUCAUAAAACUUCUCUUUACUACCUAGCAGCAUGAGCUCUACUAACCUUUUAUCCGUAAUGAUACCAGACUCCCUUUGGUUUUUGUUGUUUGUCUGUAACUGUCAACGCGCUACAUUUACUAUUAAUCAAAACUACAAUUCAACCUUCAGCUAUCUUCAACACCUGACAACUAUGAAGACCCAAAGUGUUCAAUAGCAUGAAUAACUACAGAUAAACUAUGGACCACAGCCAUUAAAUUGUGAGAUAGUGCGAUGAAAUUUUGAGUUUUGAGAUGAAGUUUUUCCAAAGUCUGUUCAUAUAGACUGCCAGUCUCUUAAUGAAAGGCUUUAUUAUGAGAAUUCAUGGUAUUUUUUGUCUUUACUUAUUCAUAUGUCUUCUUUCUUUGAUACUGGACACUUUGGGUCUCCAUACAUAACAUCUCUGCAGAUGGUAUGGACAUUUUUGUGUGUGUUUUUCAGACAUCUGGGUCAGAGGUUCCCAUCCCAACUAAUCCUUUUUAAGUGGUCCCAGCCUGGGAACCACUGGUCUAGGUUACCUAAAAUCUGUGUCAAAAGCACUUUAGCGGCUAUAUUUCAUUGUGCAGCAGUGAUUAAAAUGCUCUUGAAACAAAGAUUAUAUGUCACCUAACAAUCUUUUCAGCCAAGUUAUGCCUGUUUUUAACCAUUUACAGGAACUGUGGAAGCAUUAAUGUCUGUUUUAAAAGGUAUCGCAGCAGGUGUUCUUUGCUGAGUUGCACAAAACUCCAGGCCCUGGAUCAGAUGUAUGAAAGUACGCAGACUUCUUUUCUUCAGAAGAAUCUUGUAAAGCUUAUUCUGGAACUUUUUGUGUAAGCUCCAGUCCAGCAGCAGUUAUAAAUCAAUAUUCUUUCAGAUAAGACUACAGGAAUGUCAGAGGAACUCAGUUUUAAGGAGCGUUACCCUCCUUUAACCACAAGAGGGAGACAUUCACCGCAUCAGCUCACUCUGCAAUCGUCUAUAGACUCCUCAGUCAAAUAUAUAGAAACUGUACAGAUGUUUGCCUCUUUGUUGUAGGAAUUCAUGAUAUUUCCUGUUGUUGUACAGAGAUUUUCCUACAUCCUAACAUUGUAUUUCUUCAACACAAACACAGAAGUUGUACAGAGUCUGUUCCUUCACCUCGGCAGGUGAAUGUAUCACCUUUUCUUUUGGAUUCCUUGUAGAGAGAGCAACAUACGUUUUGUCUUUUUCUCAGUGACACUUUUUUCUAUAUCACUGUAAAAAUCCAUCGAGGUGUGUUAAGACCUAAACCGGAGAAUGUACCACCUACCUGCAGAGAAUUAAAUGUCAAACUCCCAA